UCAUAAAAUCAAAAUCCAGGCAGUCCACACGACCACACGCACCCCAGUUUUAGGGCUAACAAUCAACACCACCGCAAGGCGCAAGAGCAGCCGUCCACCUCCUUUCAUCUCCAUUUUAUUUUCUCUCUCCUCUCUAAUCGCACAACAACUUCAGUCACUAGUCAAUUGUAAAGGCGGCAAUUUUAUCAUCUUAUUUCUUCUUCUAACUUCUAAGCUAUUUGGUUGUUUAGUUAGCUAUUGCAAUGGGUAAGAAGAAGUCCGAUGAAGCAAGCACAAAAGAAGCACCUAAAGCUGGAAAGAAGCUCUCAGUUUCAGCAGUGCUGGCUAGCAUGGAGUCAAAUCCUGAUAAACCAAAUAAGACAUCUACCUCUAAUAAGCCCAAGCCAAAAGCAGCUCCUAAAGUUUCAUCCUACACUGAUGGGAUAGAUCUCCCUCCCUCUGAUGAUGAAGAGGGUGAUUAUGUUUCUGAUGGAGAGGAGGAGCAGGAUCUUGUCUUAAAACGUCUAAACUUGCAGGCGGAAGCAGAGGCAAAAUUGCGGGAAAGUAUUGUGACUGAUAAAGAGAUUAAAAAACGAGAAAAGAAAGAAAUGAUGGCAUUCCAGGCUGCUGAGUUGGCCAAACAGGAAGCUCUAAAGGAUGAUCAUGAUGCUUUCACUGUUGUCAUUGGUAGUCGUGCUUCUGUUCUUGAUGGGGGAGAUGAGGCUGAUGCUAAUGUUAAGGAUAUAACAGUGGAUAAUUUUUCAGUGUCAGCUCGAGGAAAGGAGCUUCUAAAGAACACAACUGUAAAGAUAUCUCAUGGGAAAAGGUAUGGUCUGGUUGGACCAAAUGGAACGGGGAAGUCCACACUUUUGAAGCUUCUCGCUUGGAGAAAGAUUCCGGUGCCCAAAAAUAUUGAUGUACUUUUGGUUGAACAAGAAAUAGUCGGGGAUGACAGAAGUGCACUUGAGGCAGUUGUUUCAGCUAACGAAGAGCUGGUGAAGCUCCGAGAAGAGGUCGCGACUCUCCAAAAUAUAUCUUCUGCUGGUGAUGCUGAAAAUUUGGAUGGAGAUGAAUCUGGAGAGAGGCUUGCUGAGUUAUACGAGAAGCUUCAGUUGCUUGGGGCAGAUUCUGCUGAAGCUCAGGCAUCUAAGAUACUUGCUGGUCUUGGUUUCACCAAGGAUAUGCAGGUUCGUCCUACUAAGUCAUUUAGUGGUGGAUGGAGAAUGAGGAUCUCACUGGCGAGGGCACUUUUUAUACAGCCUACACUUCUGUUACUUGAUGAACCCACCAAUCAUUUAGACCUUAGAGCUGUUCUUUGGCUAGAGGAGUAUCUAUGCCGAUGGAAAAAAACUCUUAUUGUUGUCUCCCAUGACAGGGAUUUCCUCAAUACAGUUUGCAAUGAGAUCAUACAUCUUCAUGAUAUGAAGCUUCACAUGUACCGUGGAAAUUUUGACGACUUUGAGAGUGGCUAUGAACAGCGUCGUAAAGAGAAGAAUAAAGAAUUUGAAAAGUACGACAAGCAAUUGAAAGCUGCAAAAAGAUCAGGCAAUCAGGUUCAGCAAAAGAAGGUGCAGGAGAAGGCCAAGUUUACACAGGAAAAAAAAGCGUCUAAAAGCAAGGGUAAGGGAAAAAUUGAUGAAGAUGAGCCACUGGCAGAGGCGCCAAGGAAAUGGAGAGAUUACACUGUGGAGUUUCACUUCCCCGAGCCUACUGAACUUACUCCUCCCCUUCUGCAGCUUAUUGAAGUUAGCUUCAGUUAUCCGAAUCGACCUGAUUUUAGGUUAUCUGAUGUUGAUGUUGGGAUUGAUAUGGGAACCCGUGUUGCUAUUGUUGGACCCAAUGGAGCUGGGAAAUCUACUCUGCUCAAUCUCCUUGCUGGGGACCUGUAUCCAACUGAGGGGGAGGCUAGGAAGAGCCAAAAGCUAAGGAUUGGGAGAUACUCACAGCACUUUGUAGAUCUGUUGACAAUGAAUGAAACACCAGUUCAGUAUCUUCUUCGUCUCCAUCCAGAUCAAGAAGGAAUGAGUAAGCAAGAGGCUGUCAGGGCAAAGUUGGGCAAGUUUGGGCUCCCUAGUCAUAAUCAUCUGACCCCAAUUACCAAAUUAUCUGGGGGUCAGAAAGCUCGAGUGGUAUUUACUUCAAUCGCAAUGUCCAAGCCACAUAUUUUAUUGUUGGAUGAACCUACAAAUCAUUUAGACAUGCAGAGUAUUGAUGCGUUGGCAGAUGCGCUGGAUGAGUUCACAGGUGGAGUUGUUCUUGUUAGUCAUGAUUCUCGGCUGAUUUCGCGUGUGUGUGAGGAGGAGGAGAGGAGUCAAAUCUGGGUGGUCGACAAUGGGACCGUGAGAACCUUCCCAGGUACUUUCGAGGAGUAUAAGGAUGACCUCCAAAAAGAGAUCAAGGCUGAAGUGGAUGAUUGAUAUACAUGCAUUGAUUUCCUUGUAUAGGUAUAUGUUACCUGAAGUUUCUGUUAGAUUUCUUCCUCCUUUUAACCCCAAUCCAAUUUUUGCCAUUUUGAUUGAGCACUAUAUAAGGAUAUGACUACUACUGUUAUGAUUUUUACUGAGUGUAAUCAUAUUUACUGUGGAAUUUCCCUUCCA